GGGGGUUACUUACGUGCAUAUUCGUUCGUUGCCUUGCUGUUUGCGGAUACAUACGAGACGCGAGCGGCAAAGGGGGCGUGCCAUUGAUUCUUGAAAGAGCUUGCGUUGGGAAAGGAAGAUGUCCUGAUUGUUUGUAUCCGUAUCUCUUUUUCCUUCCAUCAUUGUGCAUAUAGGAGCUGGUGGUUGUUGGGUAGUUGCAAGGCAUUUGCUGGGCCAAACGGCCGGGUCCUCUGCGCAACGGCCCAUGUGAUCCCUGGCUCGCUCCCCGGCUCCCCCCUCUGGCUCGCUCCCUGUCGCUGCGCACCAUUCCAUUCCAUCCCAGACCGGCUGUUUCCCUCCCUCUCUCACCAAAUGCCGCCGCCGCCGCCGCCGCCGCCUCCGGCCGAGGCCCGCCUGGCCAUGAUGGAGCUGGCCAACAUGAUCUCCGUCCCGAUGGCGCUCACCGCCAUCAUCCGCCUGGGCGUUCCCUCCGCCGUCUGGGCCGGCGGCGCCAACGCCCCUCUCUCCGCCGCCGAGCUCCUCCCGGAGGGCCACCCGGACCCGUCCGUCCUGGAGCGCCUCCUCCGCCUGCUAGCCUCCCGCGGCGUCUUCUCGGAGCACGGCGGCUCCCCGCGGCGGUUCGCGCUCACGGCGGUGGGGCGGACCCUGGUGCCGGGCCCCACGGGCGCGUCCUACGCCGACUACGUGCUGCAGCACCACCAGGACGCGCUGGUGGCGGCCUGGCCGCGCCUCCACGAGGCCGUGCUCGACCCCGCCGGCCCCGAGCCCUUCGCGCGCGCCAACGCCGGCGUGCCCGCCUACGCCUACUACGGCAAGGACAGGGAGGCCAAUCAGGUGAUGCUCCGGGCCAUGACCGGCGUCUCCGAGCCCUUCAUGGACGCGCUGCUCGACGGCUACGCCCAAGGCUUCCACGGCGUGGCCACGCUGGUGGACGUCGGGGGCAGCUCCGGGGCCUGCCUCCAGAUGAUCAUGCGCAGGGUCGCCACCAUCACCGAGGGCAUCAACUUCGACCUGCCCGACGUCGUCGCCGCAGCGCCGCCCAUCGCCGGAGUGCGGCAUGUGGGUGGAGACAUGUUCAAGUCCAUCCCCUCCGGCGACGCCAUAUUCAUGAAGUGGGUUCUGACGACGUGGACCAACGACGAGUGCACAGCCAUCCUGAGGAACUGCCACAGCGCGCUGCCGGCCGGCGGCAAGGUCAUCGCCUGCGAGCCGGUGGUGCCGGAAGAGACGGACACCAGCACCAGGACCAGGGCCCUGCUCGAGAACGACAUCUUCGUCAUGACCACCUACCGGACGCAGGGGAGGGAGCGCUCCGAGGACGAGUUCCGCCGCCUCGGCCUCGCCGCCGGCUUCACCGGAUUCCGCGCCAUCUACCUCGACCCAUUCUAUGCCAUCCUCGAGUACAACAAGUGACUCAACUUGAUCCAUCCCUUGUGUUUUCCUUUCUUUCCACUUUAAAUUCCUUGUGACAGUUGAGUCGAACAGCAUACUUGUAAUAAGAAAUAAGGAAUCAUGCUCUUUGAACCAGAGAAAGAAAGCAUCUCUUUUCAAGCA